AUGGACAAAUUUGAAAUAACUGACGAAAUUCUAAAACUAUGUUUAUAUGGAAAUUUAAUUAAGGAUAAAGUGUCUAUUGAUGACUUUCCCUCCUUGCCUCUUCCUCAUCAAGUUAAAAUUGGAUUAUCGGCACUUCCCGGAUGUAAAUACGGUGUCUUUGCAAGGACUGUCAUACGAACUGGAACAGAAAUGGGACCAUUUGUUGGACACGUGAAGAGACCAUGUGAUAUACAGAAUGUUAGUCAUAAUCCUAGUUUAUGGGAGGUAUUUGAUACAACGGGCCAUUUACUACACUUUAUUGAUGGUGGACAUUAUAAUCCCGCUAGCUGGCUCUCACUGAUACAAUGUGCGAGAUCUGAACGAGAACAGAACUUAGAAGUGACACAAAUCGGAGCCAAUUUGUUUUUUAAAGCAUCAAAGGAUAUUUUAUGUGGUCAAGAAUUAUUGGUUUGGUAUGGAAUGUCACAUUGUUUGUUCAUGGGUUUACCACUUCAAAACAAGACUGAACGUAAAGUCAUACCAGAAAACAGUCAGAUACCUAUAAUGACAAAUAGUAAAGAAGUUAUUAGUAAACUUAAAUGUGUACUAUGUCGGCGGGGCUUCAACUCAAGGAGUAAUUUAAGAUCACACAUGCGCAUUCACACCUUAGAAAAACCAUUUGCCUGUAAAUAUUGUAGUAGAAAGUUCAGCCAAUCAUCAACACUAAGAAAUCACGUGAGAUUACACACGGGAGAGAAACCAUAUAGAUGUUCAUGCUGUAAUAGUUCCUACUCACAACUAGCUGGACUCCGUGCUCAUCAAAGAAGUGCUCGACAUCGACCGACUGUAGGAGAAGCAAAUUAAAUAAGAAAGAAGUACCAGCGGACAUCAACUAGAUUAGUUUGUGAAUGAAGAAGAGUGGUGGAGAGUUGUCUCAUUGGCAUUAAUACCAUAAGACAAAACACAUGAAUGAUCGGUAUCAAAUAUGAACCAUACAUAUGCCGAAGUUUUAGGUAUCAGCAUACUAUCAGAAAACCUGAAUAUAUUCUGGCAAUAUACUGCAAUCAAAAUACCGGAGUUUACAGUCAUGCAUUCCGAAAUUUACCGUAACGAGUCUAAGCUUACCGUGAAGAGUCGAAGUGUACUUAAUUCAUAACGAAACAUUGCAUUAUGGUCUUGUAAGCGACCAUGAGGUAACGUUAAACGGA